AAACCCUUUACAUCACACCAGCUACAUAACAGACCACCGCUUUACACAGAUCAACACCUGAAUUAAGAGAGUAGAAUUUCAUUUUUAAAGAGAAGGAAAACCCUUGACAAAGAACUUUACUUUUCAAAUUUCCAAUCAAGACAAGAGGACACAUAAGGAUGGGAUCUGCUGGGGUACAGAUUGUAUGUGUGGCCCUUGGGGUCCUGGGCCUGAUCGGGGGCAUUGUGUGCUGUGCCAUCCCUAGGUGGAAAGUUUCAUCAUUUACAGGACAGAACAUUGUAACGGCACAGGAAACUGAAGAGGGCCUGUGGAUGACCUGUGUGGUGCAGAGUACUGGCCAGCAGCAGUGUAAGAGCUAUGAGUCCCUGCUGGUCCUGCCAUCUGACCUGCAGGCGGCCCGCGCCAUGACCAUCAUCAGCUGCAUGGUCACCUCCCUGGCCAUCCUCAUCUUGUUCGCCGGCGCCGACUUCACCACCUGCGUGGAGAAUGAGGACAUCAAGCCCAAGAUCAGCCUUGUGGCCGGGAUCGCUCUGUUGGUGUCUGGCCUCCUCCUCAUCAUCCCUGUCAGCUGGUCCGCCCACAACGUCAUCAGAAACUUCUACAACCCCCUUGUGGCCCAGAAGAUGGAGCUGGGAACCUGUAUCUUUAUUGGCUGGGCUGCUGGGGUGCUGCUGAUUCUGGCCGGAGGCCUGCUCAUGUGCUUCAGCAGAGCCAAAUCUGGCAGCUCGGGAGGAACCGCCAAGUACUACGGCAACAGCGCUUCAGCCCCCGCUGCCAACAAGAACUACGUCUAGUACAUGUAUUACACCUCUGUAUGUUUGUAUGUGUGUAGAGAGAUAGUUUGAUGGAAUGGAAACAAGAAAGGGGAGGGGUUUAAUCUUGGGGAUAAAGAAGGGACAUUAUGAGCGGAAAUAAUGGUUGUAAAUAUUGAAUAUUUCAAAAUAGUAAGACUGGUUUAGUUGUAGUUAAUCCAAGGGUCCAAUAUGGUGGUUCAAUUUAAAAUACAAAUAUAUGUUUCUUUUUGAGGGGGGGACUAACUCAAUAUACUAUAAUAUACUACAAAUCGAAACUGUGUAGGGAUGAUGAUGUACCUAAAUUCAUACAGUUUCUUAACUGUGUCCAACUCACUAAGAAUCACCUACAUGAAGGUUAGACAAGGUGAGUGAGCAAGGUUAGCAAGGUGAGUGACUCAUGCAUCUCCAAAUACAGGUAUAGUUAAAUGACUGUAUAUAUCAUUUACAUCCAUGAGAUCACAACUUUUUUACUUAUGUCAAAUCAGCUUGUCUUUUACUUUUGUGUAUCAAAUACUAAAUACAUGUUUUUAUUUUAUUCUGUUGCAAUAGAAAUGAUUGUCAUCUCCUUCAGGUGUGUCAUCCUUUGGAUGACGUUUGGAAAUGUUAACAAAAGCAAAACAAGUUUAAAUAUUUGGGAUAAUAUUAAGGACUUUUAUUUCCAACUAUGUAAGAGCAUAUAUUAAAAACAAGUCUCUAUAAAUGGGAAAACUGACACCAACAAAACAAAUUCAAGCUUCCAGACCCAAAAAUAUGUGGCUGCUGAUAUUGAUGGAUCCUGUCUCCAACUCUCCCUUUAAACAUCUUUCCUUCAAACAUCCCCAACUAUUUAUAACUAUUUUACUUUCAUCUCCUCUUUAUCUUCUCCUCUUUACACCUCCUUCUCUCUCUCAAUCAGCUCCAUCUCAAACCCAAUGGCUCUGUUUCAAUUCUUGCUCUCCAGUUUGCUCACGCGCUUGGUCAGCUCCUCUACUGUUUCCUUCAGAGUCUUCACCUCCUUCUGCAAGGCAUGUACCUCCUGAGAGAGAGAGAGAGAGAGAGAGAGAGAGAGAGAGAGAGAGAGAGAGAGAGAGAAGGAGAGGGGAGAUUCCUGGUGAAAUGUGCAAAAGAGGAAGCCAUAUCUAAUAUCUCACAGAUAUAUCAGAGCAUGUAGGUAGAUGCAGCCAUAUCCUUACCCCAGUGUUACCGUGCUGAUGCCCCAUGGCUGCUGAUGUGGUCUUCAGAAGACUUUUGUGAACUUUGAACUCUUUGGAUUUGGUGGUUGUCGCAAAACCGUCCUUCAAGGAUAUCAGGAUAGGUUGGCCCUCUUUGCCUUCAAACCACUCAUUGGCCUCCACAGACGGCUCUGGACCCAUGGUGUCUGGGUACAAAUCCUCCUGAAACAGGUCAGACUGAAGAGAGAGAGAGAGAAAGUGAGAUAUUUAAGAAUCACAUGCUUUGAGUUAUAGUCAUUUUUUAAAAGUGUAUUUACCUUGCGGGGCACCGUCAUGACAAUGGGCUCGCACUUCCUCUCAUGGAGCUUGUAAAACCUGGUGGAGGACGAAUAAAACAAUAUACAUUCCCAUUUUACAAA